CCAGCCCUAUUCAUGUGUGGGAGGUUAUUUAAUGUUUGAUAACACGGUAUCAAUGUCUAGGAUUUUGUGGCCGGUUAUGCGGUAUUCGAUAAACUGGUCAUUUUUAUAGUACUCCAGUAUAAUUCGAAUUAUUCAGUAUUAGUUAUUAAUUAACAAAGCAACUAAAAAUGGAUCUCCUAGUUGAAGGACUCCGCAAAUGUACUACUACUAUGCCAGAUAAUGCAGAGAUAAACAAUGCAAAUAAUAAUACGUUAAAUGGAGAAUGUGAUAUGUUUUCAACCAUUUUUGAGGAAUGGAAGAGUAAUAAGUCUGAUGCCUCCAAUCCAACUUUUAAGACAAUACCAAAAUUUUUUCAUGAGAUACCAGAAGAUGCUGAUUCAUUGCCAUUGAAAUUGAGGGAAGAAGGUAGAUCUUUAUUUCUUCAAAGGAGGAAUAUUACAUUACUUGACAAUAAUGAAUUAAGAACGUUGUGGGUCCUUUUAGAUAAAUAUCACAGCCCACCAAAUGUUAGAGAAGAGCAAUUAAUUUCAUACAUUGACCUUAAAAAAGUAGUUGGAAAAGCAAGCUGUAAAUGCAAGGAAUAUUUCACUGCAAAACUUUUUGCUCAGCUUCAACAGAAUGAUGUCUAUAACAGAAUUAGUAUUUUGGCAUUAUUUAAUUAUGCCAUGCGUAAAGCUUGGUUGCAGCAAACUAGAAUUGGUUUGUCUUUAUAUGAUGCUUCUGGAAAAGGAUAUUUGCGAGAAUCGGAUUUGGAAAGCUAUAUCUUGGAUUUGAUACCAACUUUACCUCAAUUAGAUGGUCUUGAGAAAUCCUUUCAUAGUUUUUAUGUAUGUACUGCUGUCAGAAAAUUUCUAUUUUUUUUGGAUCCUAUGAGGACAGGAAAGAUUAGAAUACAGGACAUUCUUGCCUGUAGCUUUCUUGAUGAUCUUUUAGAACUCAGAGAUGGUAAUCUCCCUAAAGAUCUACAAGAUGCUAAUUGGUUUUCUGCACCCUCAGCAUUAAGAGUAUAUGGCCAGUACCUUAAUCUAGAUAAAGAUCACAAUGGGAUGUUGAGUAAAAAUGAGCUUGCUGGGUUGGGUACUGGAACAUUAACAAGUGUAUUUUUGGAAAGAGUUUAUCAGGAAUGUCUUACUUAUGAAGGAGAAAUGGAUUAUAAAACUUACCUUGAUUUUGUUUUGGCUCUUGAAAAUCGUCAAGAACCUCAGUCAUUACACUAUUUCUUUAGGAUUUUAGAUAUUAAAGGAAAAGGCUAUUUAGACGCAUUCACCUUAAAUUAUUUUUUUAGAGCGAUCCAAGAUCAAAUGAAACAAAAUGGUCAAGAUCCUGUUAAUUUCCAGGAUGUUAAAGAUGAAAUGUUUGAUAUGAUAAAGCCGGCAGAUCCUACUAAAAUUACUUUACAAGAUAUUUUGAACUGUGGGCAAGGAGGUACUCUAAUAAGUAUUUUAAUUGAUUUAAAUGGCUUUUGGAAUCAUGAAAACAGAGAGACACGGGGUGUUGAAGGCCCUACAGAUAUCUGAAAAUGUUUGUGUGGCAGAAUCACUGAAUAAAGUCAAGGAUUUUAUUAACUUUAAGGUUUAAAAUUAAAUAAACACUUUAAUUUGUAAAUUUAUCUUGUUAAUUGGUACAGAGCUUUAAAAUAAAAUAAAUGAUAUUACUUUGUUUGUAUAUGUUUUUAUCCUAUGUGAAAAUAUUAUUUAUGUCAAAUGACUUAAAUAUUGAACAAAAAUAUAUUCCAUAUAAUUCUG